AUGACUGAGUACUCGAAGCAUAAUGUUGAAAUUACAAUUGAAUUUGUGGUUUUAGACAAAAACAAGCCAAAGAUACAGACAGUUGUCAAUAAAACUGAUAUCAUUCACAACGAUUAUAGGACAAUGCAGCUUGAAGUUUUAGCUGGAAACCACUCUCUCGUGACCACUGUAGUUGAAAAUGGACUGCGAUUUCAUGUUGAUCUAGCCACAGUAUACUGGAAUUCAAGGCUUUCAACUGAAAGGCAGAGGCUUCUGAAUUACUUUACACGUGAUGAUGUUAUCUGUGAUGUUUUUGCUGGGGUGGGCCCAAUAGCUUUAGCUGCUGCAAGGAAAGUAAAGCAUGUAUAUGCUAACGAUUUGAAUCCUUAUGCUGUUGAUUAUUUGGAGAGAAAUUCUGUCCUUAACAAACUUGAGAGGAAGAUUGAGGUUUUCAACAUGGAUGGAAGGAGGUUCAUUGACACUAUUUUUGCAAGCCAUAAAACUCGACCAGUGACACAAGUAGUCAUGAAUUUGCCAAAUGAUGCGACAGAGUUUCUUGAUGCAUUCAGGGGAUUAUUCAGAAAACAUCAUAAGGAUAGAGGGUAUACCUUACCCAGAAUUCAUGUGUAUGGGUUUUCAAAAGCUCAGGAUCCAGAGUUUGACUUCCAUGAGCGCAUUAGGAUUGCUCUGUCUGAGGUGGCUUUUGAUGUGGAGAUGCACAGAGUUCGCAUUGUUGCACCUGGAAAAUGGAUGCUGUGUGCAUCAUUCACUCUGCCCGAGCGUGUAGCAUAUUCAAAAACAGUAUCAAUUUUGUAAUUUUGUAAGUUGGUGAGCUUCUUACUCUGUAAAUGAAAUUGUACCCAUAACUUGAAAAUAGAUGAAUUUUUUCUUUUGCCUCAUGA